AUGUCGAACAACGCACAAUCGGGCCAAGCGGCAGACAUUGAUAACCUAUUGAUUAAGUCACGCCGAAGGCAAGCAGAUGCCCAGCGGCAAAAAUGUGAGGUUUGCAAAAAGCAGCUACCCUUAAACUCCGACUUGCAAAGGCAUCUCGAAGAGAACCACCCAAACCAUCCCGAUACGAUAAGAAAUGCCCAACAAACUAAUUUAAUAGAAAAAGCACCCUUAAAACCUAAAGACCGACGAGACCAUGUACCACAAGCCGCUUCGUCAACCAAAUCAAAACCUACACCGAAGGCACACGCCGCUAGCAAUGACGACCCUAGUGCCCAAACACUCAGUCCGGAGGAGGACCAGGGCCGGAGGUUAAAGAGUCCGGCUUCCACACGGAGCCUUAAGAGUAAAAGGGAUAACGACGAAUCUUCUCUACCACCAAAGCGAAGUCGAGCUCGUGCACCGAUACAGGCCGGUUCCGCCACUCGCACAUCAGAUAACGAGUUUCGAAGGGAGCCAACACAGAAGAAUAGGAAACUUUGGACUCCUGAUGAGGAGCCUCCUAGAAGGAGGGAUACGACGGAAUCUCCUAGAACUUCAGCCCCUAGAUCCUUUGAACCACGCGAGUCACAAACGCCAGAGAUAGACAACACCGAAGUCCUUAUUAAACAACCUGAAACUCGACCUAUAUCACAAGAACAAUUAGUCGCAGAGGUUAAGGGUAUAUACGCCGGGCUUGUUAUGGUCGAAAGUAAAUGUAUCGAAGUCGAUAAUGCCCAAAGCUCAACAACAACAGAAACAGGGCCCAAACUAAACAACGAGCAGUGGCAGGCUCUUAUUGCUUUGCACCGCACAUUAUUACACGAGCAUCAUGACUUUUUCUUGGCUUCGCAGCAUCCUUCCGCAAGUCCUGCCUUACGCCGGCUUGCAAGCAAAUAUGCCAUGCCAGCACGUAUGUGGCGGCAUGGCAUCCACUCGUUUCUGGAACUUCUUCGGCACCGUCUUCCGGCAUCUUUAGAGCAUAUGCUCACUUUCAUUUAUCUUGCCUACUCAAUGAUGGCGUUGCUGUACGAAACCGUUCCCACCUUCGAAGAUACAUGGAUCGAAUGUCUCGGAGAUUUGGGAAGAUAUCGUAUGGCAAUUGAAGAUGACGACCCGAAGGACCGUGAAGUCUGGACGGCUGUAAGUCGUCACUGGUAUUCAAAAGCAAGUGACAAGGCUCCCACAACCGGGCGCUUAUAUCACCACUUGGCAAUUCUGGCGCGCCCAAAUGCGCUGCAGCAGUUAUUCUAUUACACCAAAUCCCUUUGUGUGCCCAUUCCGUUUCUUUCCGCCAGGGAGUCAAUCAUGACCUUAUUUGAACCUCAUCUUAAUGGGUCUCCCACACGGUUAUUAGAAGUUGAUGCUGCAUUUGUGAGGGCUCAUGGAAUUCUGUUUUCCGGCCGAAACCAAGACAAGUUUACAUCUUCUGUGGACGAAUUUAUUGGUAGCCUUGAUAACCAUAUUAGUAGAAAUACUCGUCGGUGGAUGGACAGCGGUUAUCAUAUUGGCAUUGCUCUGGGUUGCUCAAUACUCGAAUAUGGCAGCGAGUCGAAUGUCAUCAUGCGGGCAAUCAAGUCGAGCCGGGCUGAGGACUCUGAUAUUCCGAUGGAAGGAAUGGAUACGGCUCCGAGUCAGAAGUUCCUUGAUGCUUUGGACUUCGCCUGUCGCACUCACGACGUUAUCUUUCGUCGAUUUGGCGACCCAAACGUCAUCCCAUACGUUCACGUUACGCUGUCCUUCUUAUACCAUAUGUCACACUUUCCAACUGCCAUGGCGUAUAUCGAGGAUAAACUGCCGUGGAAGCUUAUCUCUCUCUUACUAAAUACCCUUAUGGAUGGAAAUACGUUAUUUGAAAAGAUUGAGUCAGAGGACUUCCCUCGUCCCGAAAAGGAGAGCCCUCGUCCUUUACCUGAGGAUUUUGCGCAGCGCGGGCUGUUGUGGGUGGACAAGUAUUAUCCUAAUGACUGGUUCACUGCCAGCAAAAUCGACGACGAGGAGAAGUACUUUGAGGUGCCAUCAAUGACGGACGAGCGUCAGGACCGAUGUCUUUGGUUGGCAUGCCGGCUGGCGUCUUCAGGUAGGCAUUUGACUUAUGACAAGGAAGCGAGACAAUUCAACGUUACACCGCAGUACGACAUUAGGAUUGCGAACCUUCCUACUGUGUCAGACUCGGUGGGAGGUACACCUCCGCAACCUAAUAGAUGGGGGCGAGGGGAUGACGGCGACGUGGACAUCCCGGAUGCCCCUGCCACAACGGUGUAA